AUGGCAUCCUCACUUCGCUUCCGAACGGCAAAAAUACAGAGAAGUCGCCUGCUCGUCUUCGCUCUGUUCUUCGUCAUCUUCACCGUGGCCACUGCAUUUUACCAACUGCGACGACACAAGGCUCAUGGAAAGCCUAUUUUCCCUACCCAAAAGUCAGUCAACGGCUUCUCCAAUGGUCCCAGAGUGGCCGGAUAUGGCAAGCCGGAGGGAGUCAAAAUCAUUGGCCUCGUUUUCUUUGGUCGGAAAAAUCGUGUCGAGAUAUUGCAAUGCUUCCUCCAGCGCAAUUUGGUUGACAAUGGUGGCUGGCUUGACGAGAUUCACUGGGUGAAGAACACGGAUAAUCGCAAGGACCUGGCAUAUCUGGAGGAGAUUCUAGCCUCGUCCUCUCGAUACAAGAUGGUGGAGGUCGAAGGUGUCGGCUUUGUCGGCUAUGGACUGGCUUGGACUCAAUUAGAGCCGGGAAAUCUGUAUGUCAAGAUCGACGAUGACGUGGUAUGGUUCGCAGACGACACGAUACCGCGCAUUGUAAGCAUGAAGCUUGCGCAUCCGGACUAUCUGGUUGUGAGCGCCAAUGUCGUCAAUUCUCCACUCAUGGGCUGGGUUCACUAUCAUAUGGGCGCGGUACAUCCUUAUAUGCCCGAACUGACCGACUAUGAACCGACCAUCUUCAAUCUGGGUCAACCGUCGCGCAAGCCUUGGACAUACUGGUCAUAUCCCACCUGGACAGGUCCAGAUGACUAUUUCUUCGGUCCAUUCCAAGCACCCCCAUACGACGGACAUUGCUGGCUCCGACUCCCAAACGACUCGGACAUCUCCCGCACACCUGUCGCCGACAUUGAGUACAACACUUGGGGCACAGGUCUAAAGUCUUGGGCAAUCGCCGCUCAAGAACACUACUCGUUUCUUGAAAACCUCGCUGACGACCGUCUCAACACCUACCGGAUGGGCAGCAGCCUCGACCGCGGAGGCACCGAUAAAACCUGGCUCACCAUUGACCAACGACUCAGUAUCAAUAUGAUCACCGUCUGGGCAGAUGACGUUUUGGACAAUCUACCGAUGGACGACGUCGACGAACAGUGGUUGACCCUCAUCUUACCCAAAAAACUCAAGCGCCAAGUCGCCGUGAACAUGGACGCACUGGCGGUGCAUUUCACAUUUGGAUCACAGGGAACGGUCGAGACGACAGACCUGCUGGCCAGGUAUCGUGAUUAUGCAUUCGAAAACGCGUGUGCAAGAUGGAUUUGA